AUGAGGCUUUUACAUGUUCUUCUGCUAUUCACCUUUUUGGUAGUGGUUUCUGGAAUUUUAUUUGACAACGGUGGAAGAUCCCAUGGCUUUGGAUCCUCCUCUGAUUCCUCCGAUGAUUACAGUGGCCGACGUGGUGGUGGGCGGCAUAGGCCUCCAAGACCUCCACGGCCUUCAAAACCUGUAACAACACCUAAGCCACGAGACGACUGGAUAACGAUCAAUGGGCCGUUUACAACCACUCUACCAAUUCCUGGAGGAUAUUGGGAUACUGGGAAGAUCAUGCGUAUUUAUGGUAUACCUGGAAGUGGAAGAUGGACCAUCAACCUGGCAAAAUCAAAAGUUUGGGUGUUUCACUUUGCGGUAGAGCCUAGCAAGGGACUUGUAGCCAGAACCCGACAUUUGAAUGGAAAGUGGCAAGUCGGUGAAACAUAUGGUGGAAACCCAUUUCGAGCUAAUGCCGCCUUUAAUGUUACUAUGGUCAAUCAGCCAACGCAUAUCGAGAUUCAUGUCAAUGGUGCAUUCUUUGUAAAUUUCAAUCAUCGAGUUUCCAAUCCAUCCAGAGACUAUCUAUCGAUUUCCAAUUCGUUUCUAUCUCGAAAGUGGAGUUUUCACGAUAACUUUAAUAAAGAAUUCUGUUGCAUUUGGUAG